UUGUAAGUAGUGUAAAAGAUGCUUUAUGAUAGUGCGUUCUUUAAUUGAUAGAGAUUAAAACUCCUGUAUGCGUGAAUGGUCACAGUUAUUUAUAUUACAAGUGCUUUUAAUUUGCACCAAUUUAAUGCAGUUUGCACCAAUUUAAGUACGGCUGAAUUUUGCACGGGGCUGUUUUUCUCUCUGGAUGACCGGAGGCGAAAUAUCGAUGAGCUUCCAUACGGGAAAUACAGCAGCAUUUGCCAGCACCCAAUGGAGGGAGAAAACAUGGGACGUGCAUCGUCAAUGAUUGUAGCUAUAACUAUAAAAACUCGAGAAACAUUUAAUGCGUAUUCAGUUCUUAGUGAACAUUCGUACAGAUCGUGUUUACUUGAGCUCCUCAACGACACCUAA